AUGUUACGAACUCGCUGCUCUGCAUUUUGUAGAUUGCGCUCAAGGAACUAUGCCACUGCAUUGGGCCCUCACGCACUGGUGCUUCUCGAACACCGUGAUGGUGCUAUCGAGUCCGGGUCGCUCUCGGCGGUCACAGCGGCGCAGCAACUAGGCGGUCAAAUCACCGGCCUCAUCGUGGGUGGCCCCGAGCAAGUGCAGGCCGUUGUGCAGAGGGCGAAGAACCUGAGUGGAUUGACUAUGCUGCUUCAUAGCAGUUCGCCGCAGUACGCCAAUCAAGUCCCUGAAGUUGUCUCGCCCUUGAUAGAACGUCUCCUCGUUAACGGAUCGUCGUUCACUCACGUUGUCUCCGCCCACUCAUCCUCAGCCAAGUCUUUGCUUCCCCGCAUUGCUGCCAAGCUCGACCUCCCCGCCGUCUCGGACGUGACCUCUCUCGAACACGAUAGCUCUUCCAACUCAACCACCUUCACUCGCCCCAUAUAUGCGGGGAACGCAAUUGCAACUGUCAGAGCUCCCUCGUCGAUCCCACUCAAGUUUUUCACGGUACGUUCUACCGCAUUCUCAGCAGCGCCGUCGGGAGGGGCAGAAGAGGCGGAAGACAAGGCAGUAGAACCGGUCGAGGUGGCCGAUUUACCUUCACAGCAUAUCAGGUCCGACUAUACCAAGUCUGACCGGCCAGACCUUGGUGUCGCUAGUAGAGUCGUGUCGGGUGGUCGCGCACUUAAGAAUGCAGAGACAUUCAAAUCGACGUUGGAGCCAUUGGCAGAUGUUUUAGGUGCUGCUAUCGGUGCAUCGCGUGCUGCGGUAGACGCUGGCUAUGCGGACAACUCUCUCCAGGUUGGGCAAACUGGCAAAGUCGUUGCGCCGGAACUUUACAUGGCGCUGGGAAUCUCUGGAGCCAUCCAGCAUCUUGCAGGAAUGAAGGAUUCCAAGCUCAUUGUCGCUGUGAACAAGGAUCCUGAUGCGCCGAUCUUUCAAGUGGCAGAUGUCGGGUUGGUAGCAGAUCUAUAUGAAGCUGUCCCAGAGCUAGUUCAGAAGUUGAAGCAAUGA